CAUCCACCAGACACAAGUCCUCUGGGUUUACUCUGGAAGGACGGGAGUGGAGCUUAGGGCCAACCCUAUGGCUGAGCAGCCCAUCCCAGAGGUAGCCCUGCUAGCCCAGGUGCUGGCUGCAGCCAGCACUGAAGCCCCUUCACUCCGCACUGGCCGCCGUGGCUCUCAGCCCCCAGCCCCAGCCCGGGGCACGGAGGACAGCAAGCCACCCCCCCUGCUCUCCCGCCGCAACUCCAUCCUCAGCCGCCGCAGCUCCUUCGGGAUGCUCCCGGGGAGCAGGCGCCCCUCCAUUGGCCCCUGGCUGCUCCACAGACGCGUUAGCUUCUCUGGGCUCCCAAUUUUCCAACCCAUCCUCAAGACCCGCCUUGAAAACACUUACAGGAUGGGGCCAGACAAAGGCUGCAAGUUUGAUGGGGAGCGGGUGCAGCGGGUGCUGGAGGGGACCCUGGCCUGUGCCUUGGGGACCACUGCAUACAGUGCCGAGGGCAGUGCCCCACUAGCCCAGAGCCUGACUGAGCUGCUGCACAACCAGGCCAAGGAGGUGGUGCCACCCCGCUACAAGCUGGUCUGCCAUGUGGUGCUGGGCCAGCAGGGCCAGCAGAGCCUCUUGGUGGCCAGCCGGGGACUAUGGGACCCUCAGACUGACAGCUUUGCCUCUGCCACCUUCUCCAAUGCUUCCCUCUUUGCUGUGGCCACAGUGUACGGGGUCUACUUCGAGUAG